CAUCGCGUUGGGCGCGCUGAGCGUUGUCGUGCCGGGAGCGGUGGGUGUGUGUCGAUGUGAUUGGUGACUGAACAGUUACGCUCAUAUUGUCCAGUCAUUCUGUGUGCAUUCGACAUUUCCAAAGUGGAGCCUCCUGUGCCCGGAUGCUGUUGCUGAAUUAGCUGUUCAGUGCAAAACGUACCAAAUUCGAAGUGAAGAAACAAAAGUUACUUCUGUACAUUAUCACUAAGCUGUCGAAGCUGACAAGCCCAGAAAAAAAUGUGGCCUGUGUAUGUUGGUAAAUGUGAAAGCAAGAUGUAGCUGACCUUGUUCCAAACUUGAAUCGGUAUCGUUCCAUUUGCACUCACAGUAUAGGUGACAAUUGACCUCAUCAGCUUGAUACGGUAGCGGCUUGAGCUAUGCCUAUCUGUGUGUAGCAUCAAGCCAGCAGUGCAUUUUAUUGAAGAUUACCAAGGGACCAUCCAGUAUUUGAAGAUUUCAAGCAUGGGGAGACAGUGCCUGCUCCCACUGGAACUGGCAGAUUGCCUUACAGACAGCCCACAUUUCCGUCAAAAUCUUCAUGCAUAUGAAAAGGAACUGGAAAACACUAGUGCUUCAAUCAAAACAUUGGUCAAGGACAUCAAAGAGGUGUUGGAUGCUGCUAAACAGCUGUCGCGGUGCCAGCGGGCGUUCGCCAACAGCCUGGACAAGUUCCAGUUCGACUGCAUCGGCGGCUCGCAGACGGACGACGAGAUCGUGAUCGCCGGCUCGCUGAAGCAGUUCGCCGCGCUCAUCCACCUGAUCGAGGAGGAGCGACAGCGCAUGCUGGACCAUGGUCACAAGCACAUCCUGGGCGCGCUGGAGUCGUUUCGAAGGACGCACAUCGGAGCGGCCAAGGAGGGACGCAAGAAAUUCGAGAAGCAGACGCAGAAGUUCUGUGCUAGCUUGGAGCGCCACCUGAACCUGUCGACGAAGAAGAUGGAGGACCAGGCCAUGAAAGAGGCGGACGCGUCGCUGGAGAUGGAGCAGCGCUUCUUCGUGCAGGCCAGCCUCGACUACGUCUGCAUGCUUCAGGAGGUGCAGGAGCGGAAGAAGUUUGAGUUCGUGGAGACGCUGCUCGGGUGCAUGUACGGCUGGCUCACGUUCUACCACCAGGGACACGAGGUGGCCAACGACUACAAGGGCCAGAUGACCGACCUACAGAUGCGAUUGCAGAAGACUCGUGAGGAGUUCGAGGCCACUCGCAGCGAGGUGGAGGCGCUGAAGAACAAGAUGAUGGUGGACGUGCGGCAAACGAAGUCGCAGGACGCCGGCACGAGACAAGGCUAUCUGUACCUGAUGGAGAAGAAGGCGUUCGGCACCACGUGGACCAAACACUACUGCAUGUACGACAAGAAGACCAAGAACCUGUCGCUGAUCCCCUACAACCAGCUGACGGGCAAGCUGAGCUCGACCGACCAGAUGGUGCUCAAGUCGUGCGUGCGGCGCAUGUCGGAGACUAUCGACCGCCGCUUCUGCUUCGACGUGACGGCCGAGGAGCGCGACGGCCAGGUGUACACGCUCCAGGCCAUGUCCGAGGACGACCGUCGGCUCUGGAUGGACGCCAUGGACGGCAAGGAGCCGACCUACUCCAAUUACGGCAUCGACCAGCGGACGGAGGAGACGGCGCUGGAGGACAGCGGCUUCCACUUCAUCACCACCUGCAUCGCCCAGCUCGAGGGCCGCGGCCUCGAGGAGCAGGGGCUGUACCGAGUGGUCGGAGUCAACUCCAAGGUCACCAAGCUGGUGCAGCUGGGCCUGAGCCGGCACAAGCUGGACAAGCUGCCGCUGGACAACGUCGUCGAGUGGGAGACCAAGACGCUGACGAGCGCCAUCAAGACCUUCCUCCGCAGCCUGCCGGAGCCGCUCAUGACGUUCCGCCUGCACCACGAGUUCAUCAACGCCGCCAAAACGGACAACAAGGAGGUGCGCGUGGCUGAGAUACACAAGCUGGUGCGCAAGCUGCCCAAGGUCAACUACCGCAUGCUGAAGAUACUGAUGCAGCAUGCGCAAAACGUGAGUCGGAAGAGCGAUAAGAACCUGAUGUCGGUCAGCAACCUGGGUGUCUGCUUCGGGCCGACCCUGCUCCGGCCCGAGGAGGAGACCAUGGCUGCCAUCAUCGACAUCAAGUUCUGCAACGCCGUUGUCGAGAUCCUCAUCGGGCACUUCGACACGAUAUUUUCGGGCGGACCGGUGGCCAGCACGGGCGAGUCCAACGGACAGCUGCACUACAGCAACGGCCCCGUGUCUGCCGGCCCGCCGCCGGCCAAGCCCGGCAUCAUAUCGGCCAUGGCGCAGCCGGUCCAGGUGACGGCGUACGAGGCGGAGCAGCCGGCGCGGUCCGCGCGGCUGCCGGCCGGCGUGGCGCGCCGCCACUACCCGCCGCCGUACGCGCACCCACCGCCGCCCGUGUACGUGCCGGCCGGCGGCCAGCACCCGUCGCCGCCGGGGGGCGCCGCCGUGGCGCCGCUGGCGGCGGCCGCCGCGGCCGCCUCCGAGCCGCCACUGCGGCAGAAGCCGCUGCACAUCUUCAACCCGUCCGUCCUCAACGAGCGCGAACGCUUGGAGGGUGGCAGCCUGACCAACAACAGCAUGAGCAGUAGCAACGAGUCGCUGUCCUCGCGGUCCUCUCGGGACCUCCACCAGACGACGAACUCGUCCAGCUCGUCACCGUACACGCGCGGCAAGCUGGGGAUCCUGUACCCGCCCAGUUAUCGCUCGCAGCCGGACCUGUCCGCCUCUGCGUCGUGCACUGCGCCGCCUGCCGGCGCUCCGUCCGGACAGUCGUUACCCAGGCGGGUUCGAACGCUGUACGCCUGCGUCGGCGAGAACGAAUCGGAGCUGUCCUUCGAGCCCAACCAGAUCAUCACAAACGUUCGGCCAUCGCGGGAGCCUGGCUGGCUGGAGGGCACACUGAAUGGCCAUCCAGGGCUCGUGCCCGAAAACUACGUCGAGUACCUGCCGUGAGCCGCCCGCUGCGCGACAUCACUGCGACCGGCCCGUGACGUCACGGGCGCGAGCGUGACGUUAGCGGGAGUGGCGCCGCUGUUGUGAUCCGAUUUGUUGCUUGUUAAGCGCCGCGAGCGUAUUUUAUGUUGCGUGUGCCGCGUUGCUAGCGGCCGGCGCCUCGCGCACGAGGCGCUAUCCAUUCCAGUCUGAUAACGACCGCCGCCGAAGCCGGGGGUCGCGACCUGACCUGACCUGGCCUGACCGGACUUGGUCAGGCUGCGUUCUGCGGUGGGCCGUCGCAUUCCACUCAGUAUUGGGCGCUGGGCGUUCGCAGCAGCUGCGGCCGCGGUGUUUUACAAUGGGACGCCGCUACAUGGUGCGUGUUUGUAUCCAGAUAACGUAUAUUCAUUUAUACAUAUACCAUUACCGGUGUAUAUACUGUACAAAUGGGGCGUGAUGCCAGCGCCUUGUGCCUUUUGUGAACACCGAAUAAACGAAUGCU